GGCAACACUGGAUGAGCGGCUUUUGGCGAGUGCAGCUGUGUUUUGGUUUUUCAUUUCGAAUAAGUUGGCAUUCAAAAUUGUGUCGGACAUUCGUAUAUUAGUUACAAAAGUAGAAUACAAAUUAACACAAAAUACACAGCAAAUAUGCCAAAAGGCGUAGACAAAGUCAAAGUGAAUGUGAAGGAGCGUGUCAAGGACGAACACUGCGAUCUCAGCUUGUCCGAGCUGACUGAAAUCCCAGUGCGUGAAAUUGCUUCGUUCAAGCGCGUUACCUUUCUGGAUCUGUCCAGCAAUCGUCUGGUCACACUUGGCCGCAACUUUACAACACUGACACGUUUAGUGAAGCUCGAUCUGAGCAAGAAUCAAAUACGCUCCUUACCCGACGACUUUGGCCAGUUGGAGCAUCUGCGUCAUUUGGAUUUGUACAACAACAGCUUGGAGCAUUUGCCAUUGAGUUUCGGACGCUUGAGUCGCUUGCGCUAUUUGGACUUGAAGGGCAAUCCUUUGACACCGGCCUGGGAGAAAAUUGUGGGUCGCUGCUCGACGUUGAAGGACUGCCAACAGGCGGCCAAGAAUACUGUCAACGUUUGUGUAAACUACAAGUCGGAAUUCAUUGAGCGAGAACGUCAACAGCAAGUGAAUACGGCACAAAUGGCCGGAGCCGGUGAUGGCGAUGGCAGCACCAGCUCCAACUCCAAUCACAGCGCUGUACUAAAGGCCAAUGGCGCUGCUGAGGCCAACAAGAAGACCAACAAGGCAAACAAAAAGUCAAACAAGUCAAAAAAGGCAGCAGGAGCUGCUGCAGAAAAUGAACUGACCAUUAAACCCGUAAGCACUGUAGCCAACACCAAAGCCACAAAUCAAAAGAACAAUCAAAAGAAGAAGUCAACAACAACAACAACAACAAAUUCAAGCAGCUGGUUUACUUCCCUAUCGGGUGUUGCCUUCUCCUCCCUGAUGACCUUUAUGCUGCUCUUUCUGCUCAAUGUGCUGAUUAUCUAUAUGAUUAUGUUUAAGAAUCCAGAUAUUGCCGACAAGCUGGUCGAAUAUAUACCACAUCAGUAUCGCGAUUGGAUCUUGACCAAAACGGAAAUCUUUCGAUUGCGUGUUACCGAUUGGAUCUCGGAGUUUCGUACUCCGCCCGAGGAGCACUGACGAUUCAUUUAUUUGAAGCCAUAGAUCGAGCGCUCGGCUUCAAAUAGGGCAACUAAAUUUCUUUCGGAUAUAUAGCGCGUGUGUGGAAUUCAAAUUGAUAAUGUGUAGACCAACCGAUUUUUGGAUAUAUGUAACCCAAAUGUGUACUGCCAUAUAUACAACUAUAUGUAUAUUUAAGUAUUUACGUCCAUUGGCAAGAAAUUUUUACCACACAUCAAUCACACAAACUACUCUCAGUCAAUCAAUCAAUCAAUCACACUCUCAACUAAACGUUACAAUAGAUCAAAACUGAAACUCAAACUCAAUAGUAACUGAAUUGCAGUUCCAAACUGAAAAUAAAAACAAACACACAUAUAGAAACUACAGACACAGUCAACGUGCUUCACACGAUUCAUAUACAACACUCAUCUCAAGUAUUAUAUCUAAAUAUAUACAUAAUUUAACAGACUCAUCGAUAAUACUAAUAACUCUGUAACCGAUCACAAAUGCAUUCUGUAAGAAUUUCUUGUGCAAUUUAUAGCAUUUUAUUUAAAUAAUAUAUCCAACUAAAGUUA